CUAGCCGAACGCUGAUUUACUCAUAUCCAGUUGAUUAAAAAAUGACUUCCAUUAAGCAACUGCUGGUUGACCUUGUAUCCCCCGGUGCUAAACAUAUUCCUUCCAACUAUAUCCGUCCCUUAUCCGACCGUCCAAAUCUCUCCGACGUUCAGAUAUCCGACGGUUCUAUUCCUCUUAUAGAUCUUGAGGGUAUUAAUGGCCCCAAUCGCUCUCUUGUUAUACAGCAAAUUGGCGAAGCAUGUCAGUGUGAUGGUUUCUUUCAGGUGAAGAACCAUGGAUUGCCUGAGCAUGCUGUCCAUAAAAUGUUGGAAACAGCCACAGAGUUCUUCAGAUUACCGGAAAGUGAGAGAUUGAAAAAUUAUUCAGACGAUCCAACCAAAACCACCAGGCUGUCUACCAGUUUCAAUGUAAAAACUGAAAAGGUCUCCAAUUGGAGAGACUUCUUGAGACUCCAUUGUUAUCCUCUCCAAGAUUAUAUCAAAGAAUGGCCUUCCAAUCCUCCAUCCUUUAGGAACAACGUGGCUGAAUAUUGCACGCGUGUGAGAGUGUUGGUGCUGACACUGCUUGAAGCCAUAUCGGAAAGCUUAGGCCUGGAAAGAGACUACAUUGACAAGUCAUUAAGCAAGCAUGGACAGCACAUGGCCAUCAAUUAUUAUCCUCCUUGUCCACAACCACAGCUCACUUAUGGAUUGCCUGGACAUACUGACCCUAACUUAAUCACCAUUCUUCUUCAAGACCAGGUGCCUGGAUUGCAGGUUCUCAGAAAUGGCAAGUGGGUUGCUGUUAAUCCCAUUCCCAAUACAUUCAUCGUCAACAUUGGUGAUCAAAUGCAGGUAAUUAGCAAUGGUAGAUACAAAAGCAUACUCCACAGAGCAGUUGUCAACUGUGAAAAAGAGAGAAUAUCUAUUCCAACCUUCUAUUGUCCUUCACCUGAUGCUUUAAUAGGACCUGCUGAGGAGUUGGUUGACGCUCAUCAUCCUGCGGUCUAUAAACAUUUUACAUACGCAGAAUAUUAUGAGAAAUUUUGGAACAGAGGACUUACAAAAGAAUGCUGCUUGGACCUCUUCAAGACUUAGACUUUUUGAUGUGUCUGCAUAUAUAUCUAAUAUAUUUACUUUGGCUUGGGAUAAGAACAUGAAGUAGAUUCAGGUUGAAGUUUGGUCAUUGGUGUGUGAUUUAAUUAAUAAAAAUGGAACUCAAAAGCUCAGAUAUUUUUGGUAUUGUGAAGGAAGUAAAAAAAACUGUUGAAAAGAUAAUGGUUUAUCCAAUUUCAACGUCUAUACAGGAAAGGUUACUUUG